AUGGAGGAAUCUGACUUCGUGGCCGACUCGGAUGAAGACGAGCAGGAGAUGCUGGAGACGCAGGAUCUCACAGAAGAUCGACAGACUUGUCAAGGAAUUGAAAUCGAUGCAGCUGUAGAAUCAACUCACGCACAAGAGCAAACGAUGACUCGUCAGAAGUCACUUACAUUUAAAGAGCAAAAGAACGCGGAGGACGAAACAGUUGGAGAGCAGCUUGAAGUUGAAGUUACAGACGAAGAGCACGAAUCCGAGACUGAUGAAAAAGAGCGUGUAUUAGACGUGGGGACACUGGUGGAUGUGGACUCUCGUACGUGGCCCGGUAUUAAUAAACUAGGAGGUGCUGGUCGGAUUGUACGAGUUGAUGAAAAAGAGCUACAAGAUGGUGACCGACAUGAGGUUUUUUACGAUGUUCGCUAUGUACUUGGAGGCUUUGAACGGCACAUUGAAAGCAAAUGGGUUCACUCGUCCGAGCUUUUAAGCAAACAAUCAAACCGUGAAAUUGUAGGACGAGAUUAUUAUCAUGAUGAUUUUAUUAACAAACCACAUCGGGAAGCAGAAAAACGACGUGAGCGUCGGAUGACUCGUGUUCAACAGACUGAUAGAGGAAUGCUGGGUCAAAGAAAACGAAAACGUGUGGAACGAAUGGUGGACAAGUCAAAACAAGACCAGAAUGAAGUGGAAAAGAAUCGACAACAAGUAUCUGAGAGUGACGAGGACAUGUUUGUGCUGUUAGAGGAGAAAAACGGCUUGCUUGAAAGAUCAAGUCGACCAUUGACUGACAAAUUGAAAUUGGUGGGAAGAGUUGAUGGGCCUCAGAGCCCCUUAUUGAAGCAAUUUAUACGACGGCGGAACCGCAUAUUGGAAAGCAGUGAUGAAGAGAGUAGUGAUAGUAGUGCCAACCAUAAUGCAAGUUCUGAUCGACCUGAGCUUGUGCAGCGUGCAGGCACAGGAUCUCACGAAUUACUUGUUAAAGGAAAAAGUGCACAAGGCAGAUUUAAUGGGAAACCACAAAGGAAAAAACAAAAAGCAAAGGGUCGGCGAUACGUCGGGGGAUAUGAGAAAAGUGGAGAAGAUGCUGAUGCCAUGUUUAUUCAGCCGGAAGGGGACCCAGCUGAGCUUCCACAAGAUGUCAUACGAGAAACAGGGUUGAAGUUGGCGAGUACGAAGAAAGAGUUAAUGGGUCAACUUGAAGAAAUAUUUGCUCAGCAGCAGAAAAACAUGGCCAGCUUUCACGACGAGCAGAAUAUGGUGAACCAGCAACUCAAGAACCUGGUGGAGAUGUCCUUAGCUGAUCUUCGUGAUCUAUAUACGAAGAUAUGCGAAUUGCGAACAUUUGUGACGAAAACAUUGGUUAACGCAGGUGAAGACGCGAUGAACAAGAUCAUCGAUAGUCUCCACGUGAAGCAUGGCAAGCCGCCUGGUGCACUUGAGCAUCUAGAGUGCAAUAUCGAUGUCUGGCAGAUUAAAUUAAAUGAAUGCUCUUCAUGGAUAAAGAAUGCUGAGAGCGCCGUGGAAAGUGCGUUUGCAAGGCGGGGAGAAGAAAUUCCGCAAGAAGAUGAAGCCCACGCUGCGUGCUUAUCAGAAAGCGGUGAAUCCAGCUUCCCCAUGGACGAAUAUGACGCAACGACUUUCUCGUCUGAGACAACAAAUGUGGGUGAUUUGCACUCUGGCUAUCAUGAGCUCGAUUUGUCGUACAAUUACGAACAUCUACGAGAGAAUAACGGCACUUCGAAACAGCUGAGCGGUCGAUCUGAACGCACAUCGAAAGCAAAACUACGUGCAUUAAAACCUCCUCGCACAGCAUCAGCUUAUUAUCGGAAGCAUGUGGCACGAAAUACGACUCUUGACGACUACUUUCCGCGGCAAGGAUGUAGUAAUGGCCUCACAUCAAAUGUCCGACUCGCUGGAAGACAAGAAAAAAUUCUUCCAUCUGAUCCUCGCUGGAAUUGGCUUAAGAUGGCUCGUAAGAACCUGCAACGUAUUGGAAAAACAGCUUUGCCGUCACCAAUUAGUUUCUCUGAUGGCAUUGAAAGUGCUCGCUUGAUCAAACGCUUCACAAAUAUGUCGAGUCGUAAUGACAGUACAUCUGUUCAAAUGCAACUGAUGCGCCUUCGUGAUAAGAGAUUUCGUGCGCAACCAUCACAGCAUCGAUCACGUGAAUCUUUUCUAGCUUUACGAAACUCGGGUAGCGCUAGCAAAUACGUGUACCCAGCUGGUAUAUCAUUUGACAACGUUGACCCAGCAAAGUCAUUGCGGGCAGCUGAAUCAAUCAGUCCUACAAUCCAUCCGGACUGUUCGAAGCAGCUACCGAUAGACUGGGAGACUGUUUUUGAGGUCGUAUCCGAUAGUACUAUCGCGUCCAUCUAUAAGCAAGAUCUUGCGCCUAUAUCACGUCAAGUACAAGUGACGCUAUCAGCGUUUGGCCAUGAAAUUUGCGGUCCACUAACUCCGCAUCACUUGCUUUUCGACGAUGAAUACACGUUUGAAGACUGCGACAGCAUUGAUGACGUUGUCAAAAGACGAGUAGCCCGCCUUCGCCAACUGGCUAAUGAUUUCCGGUUGCAAGAAAGCAGUUACAUGGAUUCCCUAUCGAGAGGGGAGAUGGAGGGUGAACAAGAAGAGGGGUGUGCCGCUGCACUGGAAUGGGCUUUGUUGGUCUCGCUCGAGGAAGCAUACCACACAGCAAUUGCAAGUUUUGCUGCUCAGUUGUUGGAAGUUCUGGACGCAGCUUCUCCAAUAGUCGUGGCAAACCACCUCCAAGUAAUCUUGUAUGAGAUUGCAGCGCUUAUCCGACAGCUGCCCGAUUGCGAUUCAUUAUUCACCGGAUGCAAAGCAUAUUUCUUUUUCUUUGAGGUGGCAUCCACCGAUGCAGCGACGACACCAUUUUUGACAGCGGUCUCACGCACAUAUUGGUAUUGUCUAAAACUUCUCGUGGCUAUUCAAUCUAGAUGUAGCCGCUUGAUUGGGUCACAUGCGAUGAUCAAGAAAGAGAUUGAACAUAUCUUUCUGACAACAUUGCCGGUCAACAGAGUUACGUUGGCUGUAGUGCUCUUCUUGUUUGACCUGUAUAUCUAUCUUCCGUCAUCCCAUUGCUUGAAGGACAGAGAUGAAUCGUUGAGUGGUCACCUCCCAGCACUUUCUCUGUGGAUGCUGGUUCGUAGUUGCUGUACGAGUUCGAUUGGUCUGGAUCAACCCCAGCAAGAAUCACUUGCGACGAAAGAGAAACACGUCUGGGCUUUACUGCAAGCGGGAUACCGACAACACUAUUUCGAUAAAUUAGCUUGGCGAUUUGUGCGAGGUGAAUCUUGUGGAGGAUAUUUACAAGACUAUGAGCCAAAAACUACCGAUCGCAGCACCAUUGAAAACUGUAACGAGGUCUUGAAGAGCCAGUUGCUGGCGUUAGAGGUAACCUGGAACUUACUGGCUGUGCUAACACGUAUUUAUGCAGAUAAUCAUGACAAUGAACACGAAGAAGCAGUAUUGUCAUCGGACGGAUGUGAUGCAAAGUGGGCUGUCGUUAAAGACCUUCUUCACCCGGGCAAACAGGAUUUUCUUCCAUUUGAAGUGUCUGAUAGGGAAUGGACUAGUUUGCAGUUACGUUAUCGCCAGUUUGCUGAUGUAUACAAGCAGCACGUAUUACAGCGCAUUGCUCUAUUUUCAGACAUGUGGCUUCCUUGCAAAGAGGUCAUCGAGAUUAUUCUGCGCCAGUUAUCGGAUAACGAUGUAGUGCAUCACCCAGAUAACAUUGUUGAACUGCCUCAGUUUCUGAAGCAGUUUAUCACUCGAUGCAAAGAGCUUGGAAACUCAAGGCCAAGCUUGGCUACUUUUGCUACCGAGACCAGCUUUGAUAACCCAGACUCAACAACAAUGCUGUGCAAGAUCAUUUGGAUUCAACUCUUGAAGCUUGAAAAGCGCGUUCAUCGCAGCCGGUUCCGGCGCUCGGUUCUCAGCGCGAUCCCAGAUGUCCCGGACAACGACGACAAUUCUACAUCUAGUAUAGAUGCACGGUCUGUAUCAGCUCAACAAAUCUUGCUCAAAAGAAAAUCAGGAAUGGAUUGGAGCUGGGGCUCGCAACAGCAAACAUCGGCUAACAUCCAGCCUGCUGAUCAACCUAUGGCAGUGUCGCAACGAGCUCCCACGAGUUCUGAAGUAGAAAAGAAGCGAAUGAGUACAGCAGUGUUGCUUACAUUCGCAAUUGUUGGAGUCUGUUUGGAGUGUGGAGACGAACAGCAGUUUCCGAUUCAGCGAUCCGAUAAGGAUAUCAGAUACAUGGAACGAGAGGUAGACUUUUAUUGCAAGGAAAUUCUCCGUCGGAUAUCGAGGAAGCCUCAGUGUGAAGUGCUUGCGAGCCAAGCGCUCUAUACACUAGGUGUCCUGCUGUUGGAAAAGAACUCUUCCGAAUUCCCUGCAGUAUUUUGGGGCCUCAAUGACAGGCUCGAGUCUUCCAUGAAAAAUUUACACGCUAGUUCCUGUGUCUUUCCAAAACAGUCCGCAGAGAACAAAGUGAACGCUAUCAAAGCACGUGAUAUGGAUAGACGUCGUCGACGAUUUCAGAGUGCUACCAUGUCCUCACUCUACCAAUUGCGUGAUCUGAUCAAAAAAACACUGGAGAUACCUUUAUCCGGUGUGAAGAUUGGACCUGCGUACGGAUGUGCUGUUGAAAAGUGUCUGGAGUAUGUUUUUAGCUCUGGCAUGGAGGCAUGCCUGAAUGGUGCUGUUGAAAAGUUUGUUGCAGUUAAUGAUUUGAAGAUUGCGAUGGAGAUAUUUCACCUUGUCCUCCCGCGUUCGCCGGAUAAGCCAAAGCAAUGCGUUUCAAGUGAGUUUGAUGACUUCACUGACGAGGCAUUGGCGACCUUUGACCUCGAAGGUGCGAUUGCUGGACACAAUUCUCCACCUAUUCCAGCAUGGGCAGUGCAUGAGUGCCAACACAAGGCGAUUCAGCUAAUCACACGCAAUUUGCGAGUAGUAUUGCAGCAGCUUGUACUCAACUACCCUCCAAGUGACGUUCCAGCGUUCGACGAACUCUAUGCGAUUGAUUUGCUGGGUAUGAUUAUUUCCACGAGUGGGGCACAAUUUUUCUGGAGCAAUGUGACAUCUACGUCAGUGAAACACAGAAAUCUUGCAUCACGUGUGUUGAGUGCUGCUUUAAAGUACAAUGCCGAUAAGGAAUGGCUUGGUAGUGUGUUUUUAAGAGAAAGUGGAGCCGAUCGAGAACUCGUCACUGCGUGGCUACUGGGAACAUUGGAUGUUUCAUCACUAAAUCCUGCACCGAUCAUUUUCGAGGUGGGUGAUGUACCUUUUUCGGUUCGACAUGCAACGCCGUCUCAUGCAACAGGAGCAAAUACAGCAGUGAUUCCCAGCGCCAGACUUUCCGACUCUUGGGUCAUGCUUACGGAUGGAAUUAUCUAUCAAAUGCUUCGCAAAGAGCCAAGGGAGUUUCGUAAUAUGGAUCCACAUAUAUGGCAGAUUUUGCGUGGUGUAGCAUCUACGUGCAAGUUUCCGACAGAAGUCUCUACUAAUGAAGACGGAAUCCACGAUGUUUCGAAAUUGUACGAUUUACAUCUGGACGUAUUUCAGGCAUUUUGUAGAAGUGCUGGUAGUAUAUGGCGCUUGUACAGUGCUUCAUCUGCAAUAAACAGGGACGAGAAGAACCAGUUUCGUACAAAGAUGGUGAACCAACAGUUAGGAAUCUUCGUAUCGUUUAUCGAGGCGUUCAAAAUAAAUUUUAGGCGCGCCUGUGGCGAGAUCGACCAGAUAAAUCACAACUGGCAUUCUUUUUCCGAGUUGUUUCUUCGCCAGGCUGGAGUGGACAUCACUAAUGGACGUUCAUACCAUGAAAUAGAUGAUACGAUAAAGUCUUUCGACGAAAGGCUUACGGGGUUGACGACAAUGUUUCGGUUCAUGUAUCAAUGCAUGGAUGCAUUUCUCUUCUAUUGUGGCGAUAUGGCGAUCGGAGAGACUAAUCUCUUUCUCGACGCAAUGGAGAUACUAUUCCGUCAAGUCAGCAGCGCUGAGUAUCCACAGGCACUAAAGCGUUUGGAGGAUCAGCGACUAUUGGGCCACAGAAAAAGGAUGCGCAACGUGAACGAUGAUCUACGUCAAGAGUUCUGCCCUGCUGCUGUAAGGUUUGUCGACAGCGUUCAACUGUUUUUCGCGCGACAGAAGUAUCCGAGCUUGCUGCAUUGGUUUGCACAGACGUCAGAGAUUUACCAGACUUAUAAGAAUGGAUGGCAUCGUUCUCCUCUAAGGACGCUAUUGAUGAACAUCUUGGAUCCGGAUGGGCCUCUCGGAAUUCAUAGUUACUAUGGAAUUUCUAGUGACUCCCUAGAUAUGAGAAUAGUUCGCCGUGAAGCAUUUUACCUGUCGUGUGGUCUUUUCAAUUGUAGAUGCACAAGAUCAUUCGAACAUUCUCGAGCAAAACUCUCUUCCUCCUCGUGCGCCCGCCUCCAGCAUCUUCGACAUUUUGUACUGAACGAUUUCAUGAGGGAGACAUUCGUCUUUGCGCGACAACAAGACGUGACAUCUUUGUUGGAAACGAUGGUACCUGUGUGCCAGUUCGUACGGGGUGUACUUAGCCACGCCAAUUUAAACGUUCAUGCCCAACACGCAAACCAAGGUGUUGAAUGUACCGGAGAUAGCCCAUCACGCCUAGAUUUUCAGCUGCGUGAGCUCCAGCCAUGCUUAGAAUGGAUGGUUGCAUGCUUAAUCAAGCUUGUACCUGGUGAAGAAGCAGUAAACGACGCUAUCAGUUGCGUGUUAGUGAUCGAAUUAUGUGGAAUCGUGUGCGAAGCAGUUGCAUUUAAUGAGCACGAACCGAUGCUGGAGCUGAUUAAUUUGGUGGAGCUCGUGGUCUCUUAUCUGCAGACAAUUUACGUGGCACUCUCAAAGAAGACAACAGCCAGCAUUGGCGCUUUGUUUACCACCAGUGUUUGGUUACCACCGUCUGAGAAGCUUCAAUCUUAUAGUUUCUUUUCUUCGGCCUUCCGUGAUAUUGUAGUGGAAGAACAAAUGGGUCGAGUGCCAAGUCGUCAAAUGGACUCGUACGGGAUUAGCAUGGCUCGGGCAGUUACGGAUCUCCUCGCUGCUAUCAGGCGCGUGGCUCAACAGUGUCAGGUUUCAUCAGACGAGCGACUUCAAAGCUUUACAAUGUUGUAG